AUGGAUUACAAAGAUCCUGACCCAAACAAUCUUCAUGAAAAGAUUCAGAAUGAUAUAUCCAAUAGAAUGUCAUAUAAUAUCAAAUCAUAUGAUAUAGAACCUCAAAUAAUUGAAGAUAUUGAAAAUAUUAUGCAGCAAUUUCAGGAAUUAUUCGAUUCAUCCAUUCCAGAUGCAUAUCUGGAGAAUAUUUGCAGAUUUUUCACUAUGAAUUCUAGUUUAAUAAUUCAUAUUUACAAUAGAAUUGAUUAUUUGUCUUUCAUUUUGUCAACUUUACUAACUACAGAAUCUAAGCAAAGCGAUGUAUGGCGAUUAAAUAUUGCAGCUCUCACUGUUAGAGAAAUUCCGGAAUCAAUAGAACAAAUCCAACCAUAUUCACUUUCAAUUUUAAGUUUAGUUGAUGAUGCUAAUUGCUUUAAAUAUUGUAUAUUCUUGCUUCAACAGCUGAUUACCAAAUAUCCAGAUAUAUCAACAUAUUUAGUUAAUAAUCACAUCUUUAAGUCACUCAGACAACUUAAAAAGAUAAGAAAUGACACAGCCAGCCAAAUCAAUGACGUUUUCAAAUUGCAUAGAGAAAUAAUAAUGAAUUGUGAUGAACAAGUAUUAAAAAAACAAAUAUAUCAGGCAUUUCCAGCAGUCCACGAACUUUUUCCGACAACAGAUCGUAAAAAUAUGUGCUAUAUUUUAGAUAUGCUCAAUAGAUUAAUUUCGAUAUUUGAUAAUUCACCAGAAAUCAUAUUUACAAAGCCUAUUGCAUUAGAAGUACUUAAUUUUUCACCAAUGAGACCAGAAUUGAUCGAUAGAAUUUUAUUAAUUUUAAUUAACCUUACUUUCAAGAAUAUAGCAUACUUUAUAGAUAUUGAUCAGAAUUUUAACAUCAUUCAGACCAUGCUCAACUCUUCAGCAUCUGAAAAAAAUUACCAAACAAGAAUUGGCUUGUUUAUGAGACUAGUUAUGACUAUUUCUUACACAGAAACAGGUGUUCAAUACUUAAUAGGAAGAGAGUUCAUUCCACCAAUCAUUGAUUUAUAUCCAUCAAUAAUUUUUAAGUAUCAGAUCUGUUAUCACUAUUUUUUAUUAAGUACUAUCAUCUUUGCAACAGACUUCAUAACUGAAUUUCAAUUUUUCCCAUUCAUAUUUGAUCAAAUUGUAGAAUAUAUCGAUGAUUACUCCGAUUCUGUACUAUUUCACAAAUUUCUGCAAGCUUUGGAAAUAUUAACAAAUCCAAAUCGAUGUAAUAUACUUCAAAACAUAAAUAUGGAUGCGCUAUUUGAAAUGCUUCAAGAUAAAUGUGACGAAGAUAACGAGGAAAUCGUUACAAUUGCAGAAGAAGCACUGAAGCUACUUCCCGAACAUGAGGAUUAA